AUGUCUUCCUCCCACAUGGUCCCACUGUCAACACAUCUACAUUACCUCUCCCAAUGUCUCGAACUAGCCUCUCAGUCUCCCCCUAAACCAACUAACUUCCGCGUGGGUGCAAUCCUACUUCUUCGCCGCUAUCCGACCAGCGAUGAUGCGGAGCUCAAAGAAGAGAUACUCUCGACAGGAUACACCUUAGAGUUACGCGGAAAUACCCACGCAGAACAGUGUUGCUUUGCGAAAUUUGCUUCCCACCACGGUGUGCCGGAGGAGCAGGUCGGAGAACUUCUGGAGAAGAAGCGUGCGGAGGAAGGCGGCGAGGCGCAGAUAGAACUAUACGUCACCAUGGAGCCGUGUGGAAAAAGGCUGUCUGAGAACAAACCGUGCGUGGAACGUAUAAUCGAGACGAAGAGCCAGCAGGAUGGGAAGGGCGGCAUUGACAGGGUAUAUUUUGGAGUAAAGGAGCCAGGAACGUUUGUUGGUCAAUCCCAAGGCUGUAGGAAGCUUGACGAAGCUGGGAUUCAAUGGAAUCUUAUCGAGGGGAUGGAAGAUGAUAUCUUAAAAGUUGCUACGGCGGGACAUGAGAAAAAAGAAAAAAACGGAAGAGUGGACGAAGCUGAUCAGACGGUUUUGGUUGAUAGAGCCGAAGAAGAAGCGCGCAGAGGGGAAGCGAUUCCAAGAAAUCCUAAAAAGAGAAUGAUGGAAGUGUAG